AUGGUAACGGCUCUGCGCCGCUUCGCGAUGGCGCGUCCUCGCCCCCAGAUGACGCCAUUCAAUACACUUCGUUUCCAGCGUGCGCCUGUGCUUGCAGCUCAGUUCAUUUGCCCCAACCCUUUUGCUUUCCGCAGCGCCUUCUACACGACGGACAGCAAUGACAGAGACGACGAGAAGGACGUGACCGAUGAUGACGUAAACAAAGAGAAUGACAAAAGUGUUGAAGUGGUCAUCAACAAUGAUUUGGCUACAGUAGGGGAAGGUGACAAUGCACCCACCUACCCCCAUGUGCUGGUCAUGCCAGCCCACCGUCGUCCUUUCUUCCCAGGGGUUGUUCUACCCAUGACGAUUACGAAUCCUGAAGUAACACGUGCUCUUCUUGCUCUUAAAGAGAGUGGUCAAAAAUAUGUAGGUGUGUUUUUGAAAAAAUCCAAUGGGGACCCGUUAAAAUCCGGUGGAGGUGAAGAUCUGGUCAAAAAUCUAAGUGAGAUUCAUCAUGUCGGGAGUUUUGCCCGAAUCGAUAAUAUGCUGCCAUUUGAUGCUAAUUCAGUACAAAUAUUAAUGGUUUCUCAACGUCGAAUUGCCAUUGAUACAAUUCGAGAUGAAGGACCUCCUGUUCGAGUAAAUAUCACGAAUCUGGAUAAUCCGUCUUUUGAUCCGAAAAGCCAAUUAAUUCGAGCUUAUUCGAAUGAAAUUGUAGCAACAUUACGUGAAAUUGUCAAAAUGAAUCCAUUAUUUAAAGAUCAUAUGCAAUAUUUUUCCCAACGGAUUAAUAUCCAUAAUCCGUAUAAAUUAGCUGAUUUUGCAGCAUCUGUGACAUCGGCCGAUGGAGAAGAAUUGCAACAAGUAAUGGAAGAAAUGGUGUGUGAAGCACGAUUAAAAAAAGCAUUGGAACUUAUUACGAAAGAAUUGGAAUUAAGUAAAGUGCAACAGACAAUUAAAGAACAAGUGGAAGAAAAAGUAUCAAAAAAUCAGCGCAAUUAUUUGUUAAUGGAACAAUUAAAAGCUAUUAAAAAAGAACUUGGGAUGGAAAAAGAUGAUAAAGAUGCAAUGAUUACAAAAUAUCGAGAACGGCUUGCAGAAUUUGAUUCAGGGAGUAUUCCAGAUACGGUGAACGAAGUAGUAGAAGAUGAGCUGAAUAAAAUGGCAAUGUUGGAAAAAAAUUCGUCGGAAUUUAACGUGACGCGGAAUUAUCUUGAUUGGCUUACGCAAUUGCCAUGGGGUAAAGCAACCGAGGAAAACUUUGAUCUUGCCAAGGCCAAACAAAUCUUGGAUGAGGAUCAUUAUGGACUGAAAGAUAUUAAGGAACGGAUUUUGGAAUUCAUUGCAGUUUCUAAACUGAAAGGUAAUGUCCAGGGUAAAAUUAUCUGCUUUGUUGGCCCUCCUGGUGUAGGCAAGACGAGUAUUGGCAAGUCCAUUGCCCGAUCAUUGAAUCGUGAGUUUUUUCGGUUCUCGGUUGGUGGUCUUAGUGACGUUGCUGAAAUUAAAGGUCAUCGCCGGACGUACAUUGGUGCUAUGCCAGGCAAAAUCAUCCAGUGUUUGAAAUCUACUCAGAGCUCCAAUCCGCUGAUUUUGAUCGAUGAAAUUGACAAACUAGGACGCGGAUAUCAGGGCGACCCUGCUUCAGCUCUGCUAGAGCUUCUGGAUCCUUCACAGAACAGCGGCUUCGUUGAUCACUACAUGGAUGUGCCGGUUGAUCUGUCUCGCGUUCUUUUCAUCUGUACUGCUAAUGUCACUGAUACUAUCCCCGGACCUUUGUUGGAUCGGAUGGAGGUUUUGCGUCUGUCGGGCUACGACUCACCGGAGAAAUUGGCAAUUGCGAAGGAGUACCUCGUACCCAAGGCCCUCGAGAAAACGGGUCUGCAGAAGUCGGAGACAACGCCAGAGCCGCUUGGUUUGACAGACGAUGCUAUUUUGACGCUAGUCAAGCAGUACUGCCGCGAGAAUGGUGUCCGAAAUCUGGAGAAACAUGUAGAAAAGGUCUUCCGCAAAAUUGCCCUUGAGGUUGUUGAGGACAUUGAAAACACCAAGGCUGCUAAGACCCAAGAGGCUGGUGAGUCGACUUCUGCGUCGACGGCUAGGGAAGAUUCGUCGGAAGACCAGGACCACUUUGUGAUCACGCCUGAGAAGCUGUCAAAAUACGUCGGCAAACCUAUCUUCACGUCUGACCGCAUGUUUGACAAACAGUUUCCUGGUGUUGUGAUGGGGCUUGCCUGGACGGCCAUGGGCGGAGCUUCUCUCUACAUUGAGACCACCAAGGUACACACGAAAGGUGACCGCUCUGGUUUGAUCACUACGGGCCAGAUGGGAUCUGUAAUGGAGGAGAGUACGAAAAUCGCACACACGUUUGCACGCAGCAAGAUGCAUGCAAUUGACUCGGAGAACAAGUUCUUUGAAGAGAAUGAAGUGCACUUGCACGUACCGGAGGGAGCAACACCUAAAGACGGACCGUCAGCUGGUUGUACCAUGGUGACGGCGUUGCUCUCACUAGCUAUGAACAAGAAUGUAAAACCUGAUCUCGCUAUGACAGGAGAGCUGUCGCUUGUGGGCAAGGUUCUGCCUGUAGGUGGCAUCAAGGAGAAGAUCAUUGCUGCGAAGCGAUCAGGAGUGAAAACGCUUAUUCUGCCACUCGGAAACAAGCGCGACUUUGACGAGCUUGAAGAGUACCUGCGUAAGGAUCUGGACGUGCACUUCGCUGACUACUACAACGACGUGUAUAAGGUCGCUUUUGAGCAGGAAUAG